UUUUCAAUAUUUUGUAGGUUAAAUUUCAAAAAUAAUAAGCAAAAUGUACCUCAGAAAUAUAACAAAACUAACACAAUAUCUAAAUAAAUUUUCACCUAAUAAUAAUGUGAGAAGAAGUAUCACCUCUUCCACAAAGUUAUUUAUUCCAGGUGCUUAUGAAGCUUCAGGUCAAACAUCUGUACAAAUUUUGAAUAAGGAUACAGAGUUAGGAAUAAUGAUAAAUGGGUUUAGUCAGGUUGGAUUUAGGCUAAAUAAUGACUUCACUGUGUUAGGAUCUAUGGUUAUAUUUCCAAGGUCAGUUCUAUCGUGGAAUGUACAUGAUGUUUCAGAGAUAACGGAAGAUACCCUUAGUCUGUUUUCCAUUUUAGAACCAAAGAUAGACAUUUUAGUGAUAGGAGUGGGUGAUAGAUUAGACAACUUUGAUUUUUACAAAAAUCUAUUACCUUUCAUGAGAAAACAUAAAAUUGCCUUGGAAAUUCUUCCCACAGAAUCAGCGUGUUCUACUUUUAACUUUUUGAAUUCUGAAGGAAGAAAUGUAGUGGGUGCUAUGAUACCACCUAAAACAUUUAGGGUUUCUGAAGAUGAUGAAUUAGUUUCCAAAAUGAGAUAUCAGAAUUUAUAUGUAAAAGAAUAAAUAGUUUUAAAA